CAUUGAUACAAAUGUUAAUGAUUUAUUAUUACAAGUGUAAGUAUUGGGAGAACAAAACAAAGAACAACCUUGUCCAUUCACAAACAAUGGAUAAACCGAGUACAACGGUGGAAACACAUACGCAUACAUAUACAUAAUAAUAAUUCCAAAUGGCUAACUUUGAUAUCGACCCAACACUUUUAUUUUCUUUUUCUUAUUUUUAAAUGAAAGAAAAAAGCAAAGCUAUAAAGUUGUGGAAAAAAAUAAAAUAAAAAAACAUGUGCUUCUUCCCACGAAGAAUUCUAACUUAUCUUUAGUAUAUAAAUAUCCUUAUCUUUGGUAGCUAAUAGAAGAAAUUAAUGUUUAUUGAGUUAUAUAGAGAAGAGAUCUAGAGAGGAAAUUUUGUUUUUAAAAUAUUUUGUAUUAUUAUUUAUAUUUAUAUUGAGAAUUGAGAUGGAGAAGAACAUGUUGGGACUUUUGAGGAUUAGAGUUAAAAAAGGGCUUAAUCUUGCUGUUCGUGAUACUCUAAGUAGUGAUCCUUAUGUGGUUGUUACCAUGGGUAAUCAGAAAUUGAAGACACGUGUGGUAAAAAACAAUUGCAAUCCAGAAUGGAAUGAUGAAUUAACUCUCUCAGUAACAUGUCUUGACACCCCAAUAACACUUACAGUGUAUGAUAAGGACACAUUUACAGGAGAUGAUAGAAUGGGAGAUGCAGAUAUAGAUCUUAAACCAUACAUAGAAUGUUUGAAAAUGGGAUUGAAAAAUUUACCAGAAGGGUGUGUAGUGAAGAGGGUUCAACCCACAAAACAAAACUGUUUAUCUGAUGAGAGCCCUUGUGUUUGGCAUGGUGGAAAAAUUGUACAAGACAUGUGUUUAAGGCUAAGAAAUGUUGAGUGUGGUGAAAUCUUUGUUCAGAUUCAGUGGAUUGAUAUUCCUGGUUCUGAUCCUCUCUUUCCACAAGACAUGUGAUUAUGAUCAAAUAGAAAUAAUUGGUGUUUUAAAUUAGUAAUUAAUAUUUAAUAGAACUUCAAUGUCUGUCUUUAUGUACAUAAUUACCUUUAUUAAAUUGUUAUUAAGUUUGUUUAUGUAUGUAAUGUUAAAAUAGCUAUGUAUUGACUUUUGUGGUAUGUCAUAUCAUGUGGUUGUGUGUCA